AGUAGGAAGAUGGGGGACUUUGCACUUGACGAAACUGCAUUGCCCAUGGCAAAUGCUUUUAACAAGCAGAUUGAGGACCAGGUAAAGCAUAAAGACACUGAACUUUAUACCAUGGACAGUGAUAUAAAGGAGAAGAGAGCCCGAGUUGAAGCAAUGUCGGAGCACAUGAAGAAUGUCCAACAGGAGUUGAGUAUCACUCAGAAUCUGGUAGCUGCUCGUUUGAAAGAAAUUGAGUCAGAGAAUCAUCUUCGCAUGCUGGCAGAGCGAGAACAGGGUCGAAUCAAUCUGCAGAUCAAGAGAAAAAAGGAUGAUAUUGAUGAAAUCAAAGAGAGACAAAACACCCAUGAGAAUAACAUGUUUAGAUAUACACAAAAGAUUGAACAGAUCAAACAGCAGAUGAAGUGGAGUCAGAAGGAAUUGGAAGAUUGGCUUGAAGAAGCAUCACACAGAGAUGAAGAUGCAAUGACGCUCAUGAAGUACGCAAAAAUUGACGAUGCCAAAAUAAAGGAAUUGACACUGAAACUAGAAAAGUUGACUGAAGACAGAGGAAAGAAGAAGAAGAUGUUAGAAAACGAAGUCACCAGCACACUGACUACUCAGAUUGAACUGGACAAAACGGCUGAAGCUUUCAGACAGGCUCAUGAUGAAAGGAUGGAGGUGUUGGAGCAGUGGGAAUCAAUAAUACUGCAGAUGCAACGGCGUGACGAAGAGAUGGAGCAGGGUGCAGAAGAGUUGCGCAGCCUCAAAAACCAGAUCAAAGUAACCGAGAAUCAGAUGUCAGAGAAGCAACAGUUCUUGGAGAGUGAGCAGGAAAACAAUCACGAAAAAGAGAAAGUUGUGGACGUUGCUGAGCGACAGGUGGCAAAGAUAAGACUUGAAUAUCAAGAUGCUGAAAACGCGAGGAUUCAAUUCAGGGACGAGCUCGAGACCCUGAAGUAUUGUACGGAACGAACAAACUCAGAUCUUGAAGUCAGAAGAGGUGAAGUUAAUCAUUUGAAGAAAGAAAUUAAAGCGAAGGAAGAAAAGUUGAAUUCAGUGAAGCGCAAUGUUGAAGAAGCUAAAGAAGCACUGGACCGGACAUUGGACAAUACCCUCUCAGCAGAAGAGCGUGCUGUAGCUGCCGACGAGUUCCUUGACAAGGAAGAGAUGUGGGUUCGGGAAAUUGCAAAGGAAAUUAGGCGACUUCGUGAACAGCAGUUCAAGAAAAACGAAGCAUUGCAACAUCUGAAGACGACAGCCAGCAACAAGCAAGCAGAAAUACACGGAUCCCAAGCAGCGUCUAAGAAUUUAAGCAGCAAACUCAACAAAAUCGACCAAGAAGCUCUGAAACAGCACGAAAUAAUUUACAAUCAGGAUUUCCAACUGCAAGUAUUGGAGAGGAAAGUAGCUCGACUUCAAGGCGAAAGAAGUGACGAGGAACGGGAAGCUCUAGCCGAAAAAAUUAAGGUCCUGAAUGAACAAUACGAGAACCUUGCAGAUACCAAAGUCUUCCUUGAAGAUCAGAUGAAGAAGUUGAACGACGAUCUAAGACGAGGAAAGAGGGAGCUGUCUAAGAGUACGGAUGAAAAGGAUUACCUGGCCACAAAGAUUGACGAGUUGAAUCUACACAACGAUAGUUCACAGAGGUCCCUCAAGAAGAUGACCUCUGAAAAAGAUGAUCUUAUGGUGGAACACAACAUACUAAAACUUGAAUUAAAGCGGCUCCGUCAAACAUUGAACCAGCAAGCGGAUGGUGUGUGGAGUCUCAACAAGCGGAGGUUACAGCUGCAAAAAGCGAUGGACGAAAGGAAGAUCGAUAUCGGGAUACACACAGACAUGUUGCAGCAACAGAUUAAACAUGCUCAGGGGGAGAAAUCUAAAAUUAGCGCUGAACUGCACGAGCGAUGUACACAGAUAGACAAACUCCGCAAGCGUUACGAGAUCCUGAUGACCACCAUGGCUCCUCCGGAGGGUGAAGAAGAACACUCGGCAGCGUACUAUGUUAUUGCAGCUGCUCAGGAAAAAGAGGGUCUACAGAGGGAAGGAGACCAACUCGAUGCUAACAUCCGUAAAGCAGAAAAGGAAAUCCACGCUCUGGAAAACACGAUUAAAGUCAUGAACGCCCGCAACACCAUGUACCGCAGCAACUUCACUAAAGUCGAACAAACUAGUGAGGACUUAGAGGACGAGAGAACGCUGGAGGAGCAGAGACGUGCCGUAAUGGACAAGUACAAAUACAAGCGACGUCAGGUACGAGAGCUUCAAGAAGAUUUAGAUGCCAUGUCGAGAACCUACGACAAUCUAGCGGCGGAGGAGGGAACCAUCGGAAACCAGGUCGGCGAUUCGGAGGUCAGGCUGGAAGGAGCAAAGAAACAGUUGACGGAUCAGCAAGGUAAACUUGACAGGGUGUCCAAGCAGCUUGUCAGAUAUGGAAGAGAUAUUAGAUCUAAGAAGGGCAAGAAAACUCAGACUCCCGAGGAGGACGACAUAAACUUACGAGACAUGGCGAACUUCAACAAAGACAUCGCCUCCAAACUAGUGUCUAGCAUCCAGUCCUACCCGGAAGCGUUCUCCACCCUUACUAACCUCCUUUACCAGUCCAGCAUCCCCAUACCCUCCACUCAGCCCGGCACGGGGUCACGGACUCCUUCCCGGGCUGGGUCUAGCACUUCUUCUCUUCUUUCUAUCAGGAGUGAGAAGAGCAUAACGAGCGUCAAGUCGGUAGCCCUGGGAAUAACAUCUCCUACCUUUGACGGUCCCGGCAGAGCAAGCCCGAAACAGUGAAGCUCAACUGACGUCUUAUGAAGAUUUAAUUUGAACUGUAGCGGAAGCGAACGAAUGUUUUUGUUAUAUCAUUCAAUGACUUGCGAAACGAAAAUAGAUAUUAUAUUGUACAGAGCGCUCAACUUGCUGAUAUGUAAUUUAAUUGUAAUAUAAUAGCUGUGGAUACGAUGAUGUAUCAUAUGUUUUACAGAUUUUUGAGAGAAA